AAUAAGAUGAAAACUCACUGAUAAGUUCGUCUUAUCUGGUUUUAAGAUAAACACAUGGAGAGAAAUGUCUGAUAUAAAUGAAAUAGACUGUGUGGAUUCCCAUUUCCACAUAUGGGAUUUGAAGAAAUUCCAGUAUCCUUGGCCAACUUCAGCAGAAGAAGCAAUAUUCCAAAAUUUUUCACCCCAUGACUUGGAAACAAACCUGACAAAGACUCCGGUCAGACAUGCUGUGUUUGUCCAGUGUUUGAAUGGGACUCCAGACGAAGCAAAAUGGGUUAUAAGCCAAGCGGCGAAGUAUCCAUUCAUUAAAGGAGUUGUAGCUGGAAUAAACCUCACCAGUCAUAAGCUUCCAGAAGUCCUUGAUGAUAUGCAAAAGUAUGCCUUGUUUAAGGGAGUUCGCCAUAUUCUAGAUAUGGAAAAACCUGACUGGAUCAUAAGAGAAGAUGUUCACACUGGACUGAAGGUGCUAGAAGAGAGGGGAAUUCCCUAUGACUUACUCCUAAGGCCUCCUCUUCUGAAAUAUAUACCCAGUGUUGUAUCAAAGUUUCCAAGGUUAAAAUUUGUUGUUGAUCACAUUGCAAAGCCUUACGUAAAGGACAAAAAGAUUGAUGGAUGGAGAGAGGAGAUUGCUGAUAUAGCAAAAUAUCCAAAUGUCUACUGCAAAUUAUCUGGUCUUGUAACAGAAGCAGACUGGAACUGCUGGAAAGCUGGGGAUUUCCAACCAUAUAUUGAUCAUGUCCUGGCUUGCUUUGGAGUUGAUAGAUGUAUGUUUGGAUCUGACUGGCCAGUGUGCAAUCUUGCCAAAGCUGACUAUAAAACAGUGUUUGAUUUGCUGCAAAGUCUUCUUUCUUCCAUGACUUUUGAAGACAAGAAAAAGAUUUUCAAAUUGAAUGCAGCCGCGUUUUACAAGCUGGACUUGAAUUAGUGUAUUAAAAUGAAGCAUUAUUUAAACAUUAUCAGCAAGUUUUCACAUAAUUACACAAUACAUGUGUAAAUAACUAUGCAAUUAUUAAAUGAUUUUAUAUGUA